AUGAAUCCUUCUAUAUUUAAUAAAUGCAAAAAAUAUUCAUGUAUUUGUCAACGAUAUCGACCAAAGGAGAAUGUACCAAAUGAAUGUUUGUAUUGUCACCAUAGUAUUGGAUAUCACGAAACAUCAACAUCAAUUGAUACCACAGAAUAUCCUUAUGGUUCAUGCAUUCAAAUUCAAUGUGGAUGCCAACGGUUUAAAAAUCAAAGUUUAAAUUCUUUAUUCUGUAUUCAUUGUAACCAUUAUGAUGGAUUUCAUAGUGAUUGGCCACUUAAAACUAAUAAUAAUCCUGGUUCUGAUAAUAAUAUUAGUUCUUACAAUAAUUUAUCUUUACUAAGUCAAGUUUCUCCCAUCACUUCUACAAAUGUUAGUGCAAUGUCCUUAAUUUCUUCUCAAGUAAAUACUAUACCCAUUAAUAAUAGAAGACAGCGUAGUCACAUUCCUGCUAAACCUGCACCUUAUAAAAGCAAUUCGAAUCGUCGUGCCGGUAGAAAUCCUGCAACUAUUUUAAAUAUAAAUGUUAUAAUUUGUUUUAACCAAGAAAUACCAAAUAGAAUUCCUAAAUUUGAUUCCCCCUUUUGGAAUGAUUUAAAUUCUCGAAAUUUGAUAAAAAAUAAUAUCAGAAUUUCUAAUAAUUCCUCGUCUACUGAAAUCUAUAAUUUAAUUCUUAAUUUAUUUUCGCAUCAUCUGAAUGGGAAAAGAUGGUGUUUAUUUAACGGUAGUACUGGUAAACUAAGAAAAGUUGUAUAUAAUGUAAAUAAUAAUAAUAAUAAUAUAAUUAAUAUUAGCAGCACUCCGGAUACUUUAGAUACUUUUGAUAUUGGAUUAAAUUCUGCAAUUCAUUCUGAAAAUUUAUCGCCCGCAACUCACUCCAAAGCAAAUCCUAAAGAUUCAUUAUCUACAUCUCAGCCUGAAAAUCCAUCAUUCACGAUUCAUUCUGAAAUUCAAAAUGAAAUAUCUAUCUUAACUGAAAGAAAUCUUCCUUUAAUCACUACUAUUAAUGAUGAUUUUGAUUCUUCUGACUGGCUAAAUAAUAUACAAUUUAUGCAAUUUAAGAUUCCUUGA